AUGAGCUCCUUUGACCUCCCCGCGCCCUCCCCACCCCGCUGCAGCCCCCAGUUCCCCAGCAUCGGCCAGGAGCCCCCCGAGAUGAACCUUUACUAUGAGAACUUCUUCCACCCGCAGAGUGUGCCCAGCCCUCAGCGGCCCCCAUCCUUCGAGGGGGGCUGCGAUUACGGUGCCACCCCCAACCCCUACCUCUGGCUCAACGGGCCCGCCAUGACCCCGCCACCCUACCUGCCCGGCCCCAGCACUGGCCCCUUCCUGCCCCAGGCCUACGGGGUGCAGAGGCAGCUGCUGCCUGGCGUGUCCGGGCUGGGGGGCAGCGACCUGAGCUGGCUGCCCAUCCCCUCGCAGGAGGAGCUGAUGAAGCUGGUGCGGCCCCCGUACUCCUACUCGGCCCUCAUCGCCAUGGCCAUCCACGGGGCCCCCGACAAGCGCCUCACCCUCAGCCAGAUCUACCAGUACGUGGCCGACAACUUCCCCUUCUACAACAAGAGCAAGGCGGGCUGGCAGAACUCCAUCCGCCACAACCUGUCGCUCAACGACUGCUUCAAGAAGGUGCCCCGCGACGAGGAUGACCCAGGCAAAGGGAAUUACUGGACCCUGGACCCCAACUGUGAGAAGAUGUUCGACAACGGAAAUUUCCGCAGGAAGAGGAAGAGAAAAUCGGAGGUCUCCUCCAGCUCAGGCUCCUUGGCCCCGGAGAAAACAGAGAACAGUCUCCUGGUGGGCAGCCCCAAGACGGCAGAGUCCCAGGACAUCUUUGACAGCCCCUCGCCGGGCACCACCAGCUCCCCGGAGAAGCGGCCCUCACCUCCCCCCUCGGCCUCCCCCUGCCUCGGCAACUUCCUUUCCACCAUGACGGCCUACGUGAGUGGGGCAGGCCCCAUGGGGCGCUCGGUGGCAACACCAGGACUGAGCCCCGAGCCCGCUGACAAGAUGGGGCAGAACUUGGUGAGCUUCAACUCCUACACCCCACUCACCAACCUCGGCAGCCACGGGGGCGGGGGUGAGUGGGCCAACCCAGUGCCCCCCAACAUGCUUGGCUAUGGAGGCUCCGUCCUCAACCAAUUCAGCCCUCACUUCUACAACAGCAUCAACACCAACAGCAUCCUCUACCCCAGAGAGGGCACCGAGGUCUAGCCACUGAACAGGACUGAGGCAGAUGGACGUGCCCAAGAGAAAAGCUGUGGAGCAACUCUAUGCCAGCUAGCCUGUGGGCUGAGAUGGCCCAGACAGCACAUGAGAGGCUUGGAGGAGCUCAGCCUUUCUCUAGAACAUUGUUAAACCUUCGGUUGAUCACACCUAUUGUCUGCACACAGGACUCGCCGACCUUGCCACGGAGCCAUGGAUGACUGGAUAAAAGUCAUCAUGGUGGCUGCUUGUUGAGCCUUUAUAAGGGCCAAGGGCUGUGCUGGGCUCUUUUUAGGCAUUGAAGUUAGCAUGAACCUCCCCAUUUAACAGAUGAGGAAACUGAGGCUCGAGGAAGUAAAGUAGCUUCCCCAGGUUCAUAAAAACUGGUAAACGGCAAAGCAGAUGUCAAAUCCCUAGGAGGCAGGGAUGGAGCAGCUGAGAAAGGUCAGUGUGAGACACUAAUGAUUGCAAGAAUAUCAGUCUCAUCACUGCCUUGUCACUGUCCAUCAAAACUCAGCACCAACCCAGAAUGCCUGCCCCAACUUAGGUGCACACUCCUUUUGCUACCGCUCAAGGAGGGAAGGCGACAUCAGGCUUUAUGUCAGGGGGCCCAGUCCCAGUGCCCCGGGAGAGACAGACAUAGCUUCCCCAGCCUCUCAGCUCCCCCGACCCCAGAGAACUUGAGCAGAGCCAGGGAUCAGCAAGAGCAGGG